AUGUUAUCAUUGCAAUUAGCGCAUCAACUUUACAAGAAAAAUGUCCUAUUAGUUGGCGCGGGUGAAGUGGCCUUGACCAGAAUUCCUAAACUGUUGCCCACAGGAUGCAGACUGACAGUAAUAGCGCCAGAAAUCCAUCCUGAUAUGUGGAAGUAUAUCGAUGAAGAAAAAGACGCCCAAGAGAAGGAGUUUGUGGAUGCCAACUGGACUCCUCAGAAGAAUAAAAUAUAUCAAAUUCUGGAACGAAGAUUUGAGAAGAGAGAUCUGGUGCUUUUUGGCGAACAACCAGAUCGUAGAGAUCAUAUUGAUAGGUAUUUGAAUUGUGAUGAGGAAGCUGAUAUUUUAGCACCAGAAAACCCUCCAAAUGGCUGGAGUUUAAUUUUAACGUGCAUUCCAGAUCCAAUAUUGAGUGAAAGGAUAUACCGCGGUGCGAAAUUAGUCCUUGGUCCAAAUGUGCUGUGCAAUGUGGCAGACAACCCGCCAUUGUGCGAUUUUUAUUUUGGCAGCAAUUUGACAUUGGGCGUUCACGACGCAGAUGGGAACAAACCUAUUCAGAUUCUGAUAUCUUCAAACGGGAACUCGCCUCGAUUUACAGCGCUACUGAAGCGAGAGAUUCAAAACCAAUACGAAAAUCUACCGAUUGGCAAAUGUGUGGGCAAGCUGGGCACACUGCGAUCGCAAAUCCGACAAGUGUCAGAGAAAAACCGACCAUUGUCUUUAAGCCAGGCCGAUUUGGUCAAGUACCGAAUGAACUGGAUUCGCGAAUGCACAGAUGCAUUUGGCGUUACGCAUUGUCACGAAAUUGACGUUGACAAAACGGUAGGAUUAUUCACAGAGAUGUUUGCAAGCAUGAGUUUAAAUCAACCUAGCCGAGAGGUGUUUUUACAGGAAUAUUCAAAGAAAGAAGAGCAAGACACUUGA